ACACUUCACAUCCACACACACAUAAAAUCUCCCUGAGUGCUGCAUUUUACAAGUAAACCUCAAAAGCAGCCUCUAUUUUCUCACCGUCUCCAGAGAACUUUAUAGAGUGAUGGCAGCUGCAACAUCUGGUGCUGUGUUAAAUGGGUUGGGAUCUUCCUUCUUGAGUGGAGGAAGCAGGAGCCAAACCCUUCUGGCCACUUCCAUUGGAGGCAAAGUCGGUGUUGCAGUUAGUCCUAGAAGACUCAUUGUGGUAGCUGCAGCAGCACCAAAGAAGUCAUGGCUCCCUGGUGUUAGAGCUGGUGGCAAUCUCGUCGACCCAGAAUGGCUUGAUGGAUCGCUACCAGGUGACUUUGGUUUUGACCCACUAGGCCUGGGGAAGGACCCGGCAUUCCUGAAAUGGUACAGAGAAGCUGAGCUGAUUCAUGGGAGGUGGGCAAUGGCUGCAGUUUUAGGUAUCUUUGUAGGGCAGGCCUGGAGUGGAGUGCCAUGGUUUGAGGCUGGAGCUGACCCCAAUGCAAUUGCUCCUUUUUCCUUUGGUUCUCUUUUGGGAACCCAAUUGAUUCUUAUGGGAUGGGUUGAGAGCAAGAGAUGGGUGGAUUUCUUCAACCCAGACUCACAGUCAGUGGAAUGGGCCACUCCAUGGUCAAAAACUGCUGAGAACUUUGCCAAUGCUACUGGUGAACAAGGGUACCCAGGAGGCAAAUUCUUUGACCCUUUGGGCUUCGCUGGCACUCUCAAGGAUGGAGUUUACAUCCCGGAUACAGAGAAGCUGGAAAGAUUGAAAUUAGCUGAGAUUAAGCAUGCCAGGAUUGCUAUGUUGGCCAUGCUGAUUUUCUACUUUGAGGCUGGACAAGGAAAGACCCCCCUAGGCGCACUUGGCUUGUAAACUACACAAUUCAUGUAGAUAAUUGAAUUGAGAGGCUGGAGUUGCAAAUGAACCUUUGUCCUGUUUGUGUUACCCCAUGACAAAUUCAAAUUCUAUGCUCUAAUAUGGAUGCGUUCACUUUAUAUCA